CGAACCAAGAAUCUCAGCUUCACAAACCAGUGAUGGAUUCAGUAAUGUUGAAUCUGCAUUCUGGUGUCGUCGUCCAGUUUCCUCCUUCAAUAGCUGCCAUCAAGCAGCGGCGACUCGAGGUCAACACCGCUGUUUUUCCUGUUAAAGAGAAUGUAAAUUUCACUUCAGUCUUUAGGCCAAGAAAUGAGCACACUGAGACGAGGCCGAACGGAAUUAAAAGAAGCCAAUCUCCUCGGAGAAUUCCUGCUUCAGGAAGAACAGAGGACGAUGUCUCAAAGAUGCCCCCGUCCUCCGACAAAAAAGUUAGUUCUGUCAAGCAGGAAGAGAUAAUUUCUCUGUUCAGACGGAUACAAUCUUCGAUCUCAAAGGCGGAGUUAGUGAGUGAUGAGAAGAAAGGGACCAACCCGAACCAGAACAAAUCUGCGGCCCAGUCGGUCUUGGAGAUCAUUCGUCAAUCAAGGAAGCAAGCAAAAGACAAAAUCUCAUUGAAAGGAGGCAACAAGCAGAAGCCAAGGACAAGGAGCAUCCCUAAGAAAGAAGAGGAUGCAGAACACAUUUCGUCACCAGUGACCGACAUCAAGGUAACAAGGCCACCAUCCAAUUUUGUCAAGAAGUCUCCAAUCCCAUUUCCAUCGGCUCCAAGGGAAAAGGAAGAACGGUGGAGUGAAGCAUCGCCAGCCAUAGCUGGGAGUAACAACUCCACUUCACGGAAAAUAGAAGAGAUGAAACUUCAAGAGCUCAAGGAGUUCGCUAAAUCUAGAGGUGUUAGGGGCUAUUCAAGGCUAAAGAAGAAAGAACUUGUAGAGCUACUGAGAUCCUGAAGCACCAAACACCUUUCUUCAGCGACAGAACCAAUCUCUCUUAAAAUUAUUGAGGGAGAUGACAAUGCCAUUUGGUAUAUAACUCUGGACUUAAUUGAGCCUUCCCUUUGUUACUUCUUGUACACCUGAGAUCACACACAACUUUCUCGCACAAUUGCAUGAUGUAAGAGCGAAGCCUUCUGUUAUCCAUAAUGAAUUGAUGGUUAUUUUCAAUUUAGUCACUUGUUGUUUUCCUUUAAUUGGUGGAUAUUUCCAUAAUAUGAAGCACCACCUUCCCAGUCA